GCGGCGACCCGGCCCGCGCGGUGCUGGCCGCGGCGGCGGCGGCCGCGGCGCUCGCCCACCGCCCAGGGGCCAGGAGGCGGAGGGCCCACAGCGCCCUGCCCCGCGCGGGCCGCGGCCCCGUCCGCGCGGACCAGCUCCCGGGCCACGGGGCGGAGGAGGACCCCGACGACGAGGAGGUCCCCGCGGGCGGCGGCGGCGAAGAAGGCAUGGACGACCCCGAGGGUGAGUUCAUGGACGACCCCGAGGGUGGCUUCAGCAACGACGACCUUGACAUGGCGACGAAGAUUGCGUUCGGCCAAACAGAGGACCUUGUUGCGCAGCGCGAGUCGCUCCUGCCGGACAAGAUGGAGUUCACCAAUCCCGACGUGCCCAACCAUUUCUUGAACGUCUACAGGGGCAAGAAGACGAACGACAUCGUGCCCGGCCACGGGUUCAAAGCGCCCCGCUCGAGGACCUCGCGGCAGAAGCUGGAGUGGCGGCGGAAGCAGGGCCCUCCGCUGGCGCACGACAACUGGUCCUACCCCUCGCUGCUGCGCGUCACCACCGGCAGCAGCAGAGGGCGGAGGCUGGAGCAGCCGGGCAACGCCAACGUCCGCCCCACCACGCAGAUGACCCGCCAAGCGAUGUUUUCGACGCUGGACUCGAUGGGCCUCUUCGACGACCGCGAGGUGCGCAUACUGGACCUCUACGCCGGCACCGGCUCCCUCGGGAUCGAGGCGCUCAGCCGCGGCGCGUCGGAGUGCAUUUUUGUUGACAACGUCAAGGAGUGCGUGGACUGCUGCAUCGCCAACGCCUGGGCUGCUGGCUUCCUGGAUCACGAGGUCGCCGCCAUGGGGACGCUGUCCGAGCGUAUGAAGGCCGAGAUCGACCCUGUGAUCAUGGUCGGGGGGCCGCGCGCGAGCGUGGCGAUCGAGCGCCACAGGGCCCAG